AGUGGGCGUUGCGUUCUGAUGAGGGCGGUGCAGGGAGCUAAGCGUGUGACGUCACUCACAGCUCAUAAACAUGGCGACAGACUGGCGCGGACAGGGAUGUGUUCUCACGUUAACCGUUUUUCUUUGGACAUCUUUCGGUGCUCGAACGGAAGCAGCGAGUGUCGUUGGAAUUCCGAUACUGGGCAUGAGGCUGGAGAAAAGCAGUAAAGCAGCCACUACCACAGAUGUGGGGAUGAUUGAGGUAACGGAGGGGAGUAGUGUCCAGCUCAGGUUUUACGGGCUACAGCUGACCUCGGACUCCUCGGCUCAGAUCAGGUUCACCGACCAUGCGAAUGAGGAUGACUCCUUGGACCGACAUGCAGUAAUAAACAGGACCUGUGUUGAUUUUACCAAAGACAUUAGCAUAAAUAGCCAUAUGAAUGUCAGCAGUCGCGGUACGUCUGGUGUGUUGAGUGUAAACGUUAAGACGCUCCGUAAGACUGAGCGGCAGAGGCAGUAUUGCUUAUGCGUUAAGAGUCCGGAAGGGAACUGGUACAUGUUGUCGGAUGACGAUUGCAUGUUAAGAGUUGUUGAGGAGAAAAUGUCAAUUUUGCCUCUGUGGCUUCAGAUCAUUCUGGUUUCUUGCCUCCUUGUUCUGUCAGGCAUAUUUAGUGGACUUAACCUAGGGCUAAUGGCACUAGACCCAAUGGAGCUUCGUAUUGUGCAAAGUUGCGGCACUGAUAAGGAGAAGAGGUAUGCUCGAAAGAUCGAGCCCAUUCGUAAUAAAGGGAACUACCUGCUUUGUUCCUUGCUGCUGGGGAAUGUGCUGGUAAAUACUACACUUACCAUCCUUCUGGACGAUUUGAUCGGCUCCGGUUUGGGUGCUGUGGUAGUAUCCACUGUUGGCAUAGUGAUCUUUGGUGAAAUCAUACCACAGGCACUCUGCUCUCGCCAUGGUUUGGCAGUUGGUGCAAAUACGAUCCUGUUAACCAAAUGCUUUAUGCUCCUCACAUUCCCGUUGUCUUUUCCGAUUAGCAAGCUGCUUGACUGUUUGCUGGGACAGGAAAUUGGCACUGUUUACAACAGGGAGAAGCUGGUGGAGAUGUUGAAGGUGACUGAACCGUACAAUGACUUGGUGAAGGAGGAACUGAACAUGAUCCAGGGGGCCUUGGAGCUGAGGACCAAGACAGUGGAGGAUGUGAUGACCCCCCUUAACAACUGCUUCAUGAUCAAGUCGGAUGCAGUGCUGGAUUUCAACACGAUGACGGAGAUCAUGGAGAGCGGCUACACGCGCAUCCCUGUCUAUGAAGACGAGCGCUCCAACAUCGUGGACAUUCUGUAUGUGAAGGAUUUGGCCUUUGUUGAUCCAGAUGACUGCACAACGCUUAAAACUGUCACCAAGUUUUACAACCAUCCUGUCCACUUUGUCUUCUACGACACCAAGCUGGACGCCAUGUUGGAGGAGUUCAAAAAAGGUAAAUCUCACCUGGCCAUAGUGCAGAGAGUGAAUAAUGAAGGUGAAGGAGACCCUUUCUAUGAGGUGCUGGGACUGGUCACACUGGAGGACGUCAUCGAGGAGAUCAUAAAGUCAGAGAUCCUGGACGAGUCAGACCUGUACACUGAUAACCGCCACAGGAAGAAGGUAGACCCUAAUAAGAAUAAGAGGGACUUCUCAGCCUUUAAACAAGAAAGUGAAUCCAAGGUUAAGAUCUCGCCACAGCUCCUCUUGGCUGCGCAUCGGUUCCUGGCCACUGAGGUAAGCCUCUUCGGUCCACUCCAGAUCUCCGACAAGGUCUUGUUACGGAUCCUUAAGCAUCCGGACGUCAUCCAGGAGAUCAAGUUCAACGAGAGCAAUAAGCACUCACAACAUCACUAUAUUUACCAGCGCAGCAAGCCGAUCGACUAUUUCAUCCUCAUCUUACAGGGCCGAGUGGAGGUGGAGGCGGGAAAUGAGAACAUGAAGUUCGAGACGGGCCCCUUUUCUUUCUACGGUAUUAUGGCAUUAACUACUCCGUCCUUGGCAGACCUCCACUCGCAGACCCACCAGAGCAGCCUGAACCGCUCAGCUUCCCUCAGCUGCACAGAGAGGGUGGACACCGUGUCCACCAACGGCAGCACCUUGCAGCUCACCAGCACCCCCCCCCCACAGUACAUCCCCGACUUCAACGUGCGCACCCUCACAGACCUGCAGUUUGUCAAGAUCAGUCGUGCUCAGUACCAAAAUGGUCUUUUGGCCUCCAAGUUGGAUAGUAGCCCUCAGUCUCCCAUAAGCAAUCACAUCCAUCUGGACCCCGUUCCUCUGCCGCCCAUGACCACUCCCACCUUCUCUGCAAGCCGGAGCUUGACCUCUAGGGAGGGCAUCUGCGAGACAACCUCGCUGCUCAACGACAGGAACAGCAAGGCCAACCAGCGCUCCAGCCAACCACUGUCCUACACAAACUCCAACUGCAACUCUAGCCCACACCUCAACUCCCACAGUCAACGAGUCAUGCCUCUACACCUCAACAUCCACACUAUCCCCCACACCUAUGCACACACAGAGAGCACAAUCUGACUAAGCCACUUCACAUAAGCUUCCAAACAAUGGACCAAAGACGAGCACGUCAUCACCGUCUCAAUGGACCAAAGACGAGCUUGUCAUCACCGUUCCAUCCUUCCUCUUCCCAGUUAGGCCCAGCUGAGUGGCACUUUGCUGGAGACUGGACUGAUGAAGCGUGUUUAUAAAAAUGACCAGUGUGAGGUUAGGAGGCUUUGACUACGUUCACUACAGGCUCAUGAGGGCCAUUGCUUAUUUUUGGCUACCAUCACUCUCAUGAGGAAUGCAAACACACACUACUGUCUCAGAUAUUUUGGAAGGAUGAUUCUGUAGCAAGAACCUAUGCCUUGGACUACUUGCUCUGGCAUUUUUAAUCAGUGAUUUAACAAUAUUUCACUAGUGUAUAUAAGCACUUUUUAAAAUCUCUUAGAAAGCAUAUCCAGCAUAGUUUGGGGUGGAAGGGGCAGGUUUGAGAUUUACAAACAUAUGUGAUGAGGAUCACAAACCAUAGGCUACUAUUGCCAAGAGCACUCACACCUGCUGUUUUACAGUUAAACUAACUGGGCCCUAUGUAGCACAAAUCAUAUUCUUUUCAAAGAGAAUUCCAUGUGCUUUUUAAAAUCUCAGUAUAUUUACUGCUUUUGCAGUGGAACGCUGUUCUAAUACACAACACAGUUAUUUGACUUAUUAGUUGGUACUCUACUGUAAAUGGUAUACAUGUUAAACUAAGGGGGAUUCUCUCUAACAGUUAUGCAAAUGGCUAAAAGACCAAUCACAAAAGGUGUGAAAUAAUGUAAACAGGUGGUACAGUUCACAUCUGUUUGGGUCUGUCAAAUUAGUUUUAAGCCACAAGCACAAAAGGUCUAACAGGUCUAACCACAGCGUGUAGACAUUAAGUACAGAAUAUAUGCUAUACAAAUACAUGAAAAAUUAUAUUUAUUUUUUCCUAAAUAAUUUGUGUAUGUAUGAUUGUAUUAGUUUUGUUUGGACUCAGUUGUGAUAUUUUGUUUAUUUGAGAGCCUGUGAUCUGUCCAGACUGUCCAGCACUAGGUACCAGCACUUCUUUAAAUGAAUGUUUGUGUUUCUCAGUUACAGACCUUUGUGUGGAAGUGUGAGAAUGGUUGGGAGUAAUGAAAUGGAAUACCAAGAAUCCAUUCCAGACCUUAAAAUGGACUGUAGCUUUACUGGUGCUGAGACAAGAUCCACUGUGAACAGAAACCAAACUGUACAUUGAGUGUACUGUACUUUUUCCCUCACACACCAAAGAAAAGCUCCUUAGGACAAUGGGGGAAAAAAAAAAAUUCUUGCUGAUCUAAAGACAAAAACAGUCACCAACUUGAUGUUGUAUGAAUGUUAAUGAUGGAGACCAUUCCACCACUUUAAUCACAUACUGUCAUACAACAGCAACGGGUAGUAAACAGGCCAUACGUAGGUCCCCAACGUAGGUCCCCAUCCCCAUGUACCAGCAUGAGGAAACCCUGUGGUAGCAUUGCUAGUUCUUCACAUUAGAUCUCACUUAAAAGUUUAAACGACGCUUUAAUUGCAUUACCUAAUGAUCAAAGGUUAACGUAAGGGGAAAAUAUUCUGAUCCUUGUCAGUCAGCAGUAUUCUCUCACAGUAGGUCACUAGUUUGACACAUGUGUAAAAGUUGUAAUGCUCUCAUAUAUGUAAUGGUCCCAUAGUUCAAUUCCUACCCUGCUGGCUAGUGAGAUGGCCAGAUUGAAAGAGGAGUUGGUCAGUUGCUUGCUUAACUUAACAAAUUUUAUGGUGAUCAAUAUGUUGUUUUUUUAUAUGUUGAACAUUGUAAAGUGGACACUUGUCCAGUGUUUAUAUAGCUUUUGAAUUAUUUAUAAAUGUGUUGUGGCCUUUUUUGAGAGGGCUGAAAAGAAAAGCAAUAGACUAGAAUUAGUUGUUACAGGGAUUUUGCAUAUUGGUUUUGCACAAACAGUGGAUUUUACCUCAGUUGACAUUGCAUGUAUGCAAUAAUGAAGUAUCCAUUGCAUUUUAAACCACAAUAUAUGGAAGAUAAAAACCAUAGUUUUCAUGACCAUGCAAUUUUUGACCAUAAUUAUUGUUUAACAUGUCCAGAGUUAUCAUGUCACAUUUCAUUGAUUAUUAUAAUGGCCAAAGCCUUUUUCCUUUUGAUCUGCCUGUAUCUCUUUCAUUGCAAUAAUCUUGCUUGCUGACUGGGUUUAAACUAUGGAGGGAGCUAAGAACUAAUUAAAUUCCUUGAAGUCCAGUCCAGUAAUCUGCCUUUAAUGUUCAUGGCCUUUUUUUGACAUUUUCACUCCCAGUCGAGUUAAAGCAUUUUUUUGUUUUUGUUUUUUACUUUUUUUUUUUUACAAUUCCAUGUUAGUGACAUUUUCACUCCUGGUUGAGUUACAAGAUUUUUUUUUCCUCUCCCAGUGAGGCUUCCUCAGUUUUGUGAUUUGUGAAGGUUAAAGGUCAAGAACAUGUGCUGUAGGCAGUGGGUUCAUUUUCCAUGGUGCAAGAUUUACUGUGAGUGUGGUCAUGCGUCUCAUGAAGCAUUUGAGGUCUUUGCCUUCCAAACCAGCAUAGAUCUUUUGACCACCAACCUACCCCAUUAUUUUUCAGAACGUGCUUGUCUUCUAUGUACUCUCUGUCUAUUUGCCAUAGCAAAAACUUGUUUUCCAUUGUUAUGAAAUUUUUUUUGUCUUUUGUGGGAAAAAUCCAUUAUAGUUGUGUAACUUCCAGGUUUUUUUUUUCCUCCCUACAUGUUCACUGUUGCCCAGGCAUGGAUUUUCAAGUGAUUCAUUAUUAAUACAUGACAUGGUGGGUCUGUCUUUAAUGGGAAAGAGAAUGUAAUGACCAAAUGUACUGUACCUCUUUGAUGGUUCUAAAAGCAAUGU